AGGGAGUUCUGAGGUAGUUACUGAGGUAGUUACUGAGGUAGUUACUGCCUACUCCCUAUUCACACUUACCUGGGUACCUACAUAGAGAUAGAGAGAUAGAAAUCAUACCAUUAAUUACUUUUUUUACUUUUUACGAACCUUAUUAUAUAGAGAGACUAUUUCCAUCGCCACAGGGAUGAUACCAGCUUCCCUCUCUUGAUUCGUCAAUUCCUCAAUUUCGCCCAAGAAAAUAAUUCCAGACUCCCGACACUCCAAGGAUUCGUCAUGUCGACGAAAUCAACAGGAUUUGGAGAUCAAUCACAUUCACAACAACCCCUUCAGAGAAAAGGUCGUGCGUACGGUCCUGGUGUGCGGACUAUCAUAGGUGUUGAACGGAGUAGUUCUGUUAUUGGUGGGAACGGGAAUGGAUUGGGCAAUGGAUUUGGCAAUGGCAAUGGAAAUGGAAAUGGAACGAGAAAUGGAAGUACUCCUCGUCUAAGGUCUCCUCCAAUUCUCUCUUUGUUUCCUCACCCUAAUCAAUCGACAUCUACCGCGCCUGCAGAAAUGAACAUUCAAAAUUUAGCGGAUCGUCGUACAGGAACACUUACUUAUGGAAAAACCCCCGGCUUUACGCUCCCCACCAAAAUCGACGAAGCAAGUGCAGGAGAAGAAGAAGGCGGUGCGGAAGUGAACGACAUACCAUUUUACAAACCCUAUAGACCAGGUCUGGGAGGAUCUCAUUUGGCAGGACCAUCACAAGUAAAUCGAUCGAGGAGACAUUCAUUAGAGAGACCAUACGACCCUAGCAGUCCAAGAAGGGGAACCGCAUCACCUACAUCCAGCAAGUCGGCAAAGAUCCUACAAGCUCAAGUUGAUAUUCCUCUGCGGUCAAGUAGUAGUCUUUACAACGAAGAACACCGCGAGUCUGGAGAACAACUACAAGAUCACUUUGACAUUCCAGAGAGAGAGGAGCGCAUAGAAAUUAGAGAUUCAAAGCAAAGUAAACUGGCUUCGCCACAAUCAUUAUCCUCGCCUUCGACAAUGCGUUCGCGUUCGCGUUCUCGAGGCGGUUCCGUGUCGUCAUACCAAACAAAUGCGACAUCUCUGCCAGCACUGCAAAAAACGGGAGUUCUAGAAGAGGGAGAAUUGUUAGAGCCAUUGAAUGAAGAAGAUAUUGAUCCGGGAUCUUUUGAUCUUGUGGCGGCAACUGAGAUCGGAGGCAAACGAUAUUCUCUAGAGACCAGAUCAGAACAACUCUUUUCGACAGAGCAUCUACGGAUCAUCUUCAGUGAUCCUUCACUACUUUUGAGAUUCACUUCUUUUCUAGGUGCACAUAGACCUUCUUCAAUUCCUAUACUCAUAUAUUACCUAGAUGCUGUUAAAGCACUCAAGGCUAUUUCGUAUUCAAAUGCGAUUGCGGAAGCUCUGGAACCAAUUCCUGGUUUCGAUUUUACCGCCACUGCAGCCUCCAAGACAAUGAGCGCUGCAUUAGAAGAAAAGGCCGCAAAAGCUUUCGAUGUUUUAGUUCGGGAGGAUCUUCCUGCUUACAUUACAUGGGCAUAUAUCCAGACCGUCAGUAUAUCGAUCCAGAGACGAAUCACUGGAACUUUACCAGCACAUCUAAGAGAGGCGUCCGAGGGCUUAGCUGAAGUCUUUUGUUUAACCGAUCCAUCUCGCCCGGAUAACCCUAUUGUUUUUGCUUCCGAGGAAUUCCACCGAACCACACAGUACGGUAUGAGUUAUGUUCUUGGCAGGAAUUGUAGGUUCUUGCAAGGACCGAAAACAAACCCGUUCAGUGUGAGGAGAAUUCGAGAGAAGGUUGAAGCCGGGCAAGAACAUUGCGAGACUUUUCUGAAUUAUCGACGAGAUGGAUCUCCAUUUAUGAAUCUUCUAAUGUGCGCCCCACUGUGCGACAGUAGAGGCACGAUUCGAUAUUUCAUUGGUGCACAGGUUGAUAUUUCGGGUUUGGUCAAAGAAUGCGCAGAAUUAGAAUCUCUUCAACGUCUUGUUGCGGCAGAUGAGCUUGCCCAGGAGCGUGAAGCGGAACGAGCAGCAAAUCCUGACGCAGAACUCGAGGAAUAUCCAGCACCACCACCCAAAGACGAAUUCCAAGAAUUAAGCGAGAUGUUGAAUAUGCAAGAGCUGGACACAGUACGCAAGUGGGGAGGAAGAAUGCACAAAGAAACUGAGGAGGAAAAUUCUGACAGCAAUCCACAAAAAGGGAAUUGGCAUAAACCGAGAUUGCAUAUCAAGAGUACAAGUCCCGAGAGCUCAAAUCCACAACUUGGACGUAUUAGUGGAAAACUUGGUGGUAUAUAUGAGAAUUAUCUUCUUGUUCGUCCAUACCCAAGUUUGAAAAUUUUGUUUGCAAGUCCGACACUUAGAGUGCCUGGCAUCUUGCAAUCGCCUUUCAUGGCGAAAAUAGGGGGUAGCAAUCGUGUUCGCGAGGAGUUAACUCAAGCUCUAGCUGAUGGACGAGGAGUCACUGCUAAAGUACGUUGGGUAACAAAGGAUGAUAUCGAUGGUCGACCACGAUGGAUUCAUUGUACACCACUUAUGGGCUCUAAUGGUUCAAUUGGUGUAUGGAUGAUCGUUAUCGUUGACGAUGAGACUUCACAACAUAACAGCAAGAGAUAUAGACUCGCCCCAGCUGUGGAUCCAAGAUUUGGAAGAAGUAUACCAUUUACGAGCAAAGCAGACAGUAGUGCGGGAAGUAUCAGGGAUUUCUCUAUUAUCCAGCACAAUGGAUCCUCGGCACAACCAAGGACGCCGAGAUCACACAAAAGUAUUGAACUUGAUGAUGAGAGUAGUAUGAGGAGUGGUAGUCCGUAUACUUUGAGGAUUGAUUGAUUGAUACAUCUGAAAACAUCAAAAUGGCAAGCGGAUGAUCUUUGGUAUUGUUUGCUCGUGUUGUAAUUUUCUUCUGUCAUGGAGGUUUCGAUUAUUGCUAUACUGCUAGCUGGACAGCUUAGGCUGCUGGAUUGAAUGGGAGGUUGUUUGUUUCUUCUUCAGAUGAUUGCGUUGCAUUUUAGCGUGUUGUUUUGCUUGUCUCACUGUUUUUAGAAAUUUGUGUUUUGAGCGUACUUUAUUAGUUAUACUGUCGUAUUAUGUACUACGAAGACGAAAAAUUCUCGUUGGAGGAAGGGGAGAGGGAAAGGGGAAAUAUCAUAUGGGAUAUGGGAUACGGGAAAAGAUAUGAAGAGGAGAAGAAAGACAAAAGGAAAAUGGUUGAAAGGAAGAUAAACUUAAUAUUGCAGCGAGGGAGCUGGCAUGAUCGCUUGCAAAAGGAGGAUGAAUGAUGUUGGCAUUAGCAUUAGGUUGCACUUAUUGCUUUGGCUACCUAUGGCUAGAAAAUUCGCUUUGGCUAACAUGCUUGGGCUAUGUAUAAUAUGAUAUCGUAUGAUACCGACGCAUUAUUCGGUGUCUAUUAGACUGAAUUCCUCGAAUAUGAGUUAUUCGAGAUGCGA